GCAUGCUCGUCUUCAAGUUGGAAAGAGAACGUCCUGCCCACACGGUCGUUGGCAAUUUGGUGUACUACAUCAAGGAACGAUUCCUGAGGCGGCUUGACUUGGGGUCGAGUAAGGACAUUGCGGUGAUGCAACUGCGUGGCGGUUACAGGACGCCAGUGCAUCAAAUAUCUUACAAUCCUGCCGAAAAUGCUUUGCUCGUUGUGAACAGAACUUCCAAUUCUGAGAAUUCCGUGUAUGAUUUUUACGCUGCCGUGCCGAAUCCGGAUACUACGUCGUCGUCGGACAAUGAUAGCCCUGAUGCUCCGGAAAGCAAGCGUUCUGCCGGAUUGACUGCGGUUUGGGUUGCGAGGAAUCGCUUCGCCGUUUUUGACAAGACGCAUUCGCUUGUCAUCAAGAACCUCAAGAACGAAGUGACGAAGAAAGUGCAAAUUCCGAAUUGCGAAGAAAUUUACUAUGCUGGGACAGGAGUUCUGCUGCUUCGUGAUGCCGACACUGUCACUUUAUUCGAUAUCCAACAAAAACGUGCUUUGGUUCAUACCAAGUUUGCGAAGUGCCGACACGUUGUCUGGUCAUCGGACAUGGCCCACGUGGCGCUUUUGUCACGGCAUCAAGUGGCCCUGUGCACCAGAAAGCUGGAACCCCUCUGCACGAUUCAGGAAACGGCGAAGAUCAAGUCCGGGGCCUGGGACGAUUCUGGCGUCUUUAUUUACACUACUGCGAAUCACAUCAAAUACGCUAUUAUGUCCUCUGGGGAUUCGGGGAUCGUGAGAACUUUGGACGUGCCCAUUUACAUCACGAAAGUUCGA